UUUAUAGGAUCAGCCUUCCCUCUGAAGAACUACAAGAUGAGUGUCUGGAGUUGGCUUACUUUCCCUCAGGGGAUGUUACUGUACCUUGCUCUCCAAACAGCUGCUGUUCAGCUCCCCCCUGAACUUCACAAUUGUACCAGCAAUGGUCAGAAAAUCUCCUUCAGCCACUCAUACAAGAUUGACCUACCUAAAUCAUCCCAGAUCAAGGUGGAGGCGGACCCGUUGCCGCUCAAAGACGACAGUCAUGUGCUGCUUGCUGCUGGGGAUGCGGAUGAGGAGGAGGAGCAGAAUAUCAUAUUCAGGCACAACAUCCGAGUUCAGACACCAAGAGGUGACUGUGAAGCUUUGGGACACAUCAAAGAUCUGCUGGAAAGGAUGAAAAAGAUGGAGGAAGAAAUGAUGGUACUAAAGGAGGCCUGCAGUAUACAGAGGUGCUGUGGGGGAGUUCAAGGUGUCUCGAAUUGCAGUGGACAUGGAACUUUCAUGCAAGAGAUCUGUGGAUGUGACUGUGAUGAAGGCUGGGAGGGCAACGAUUGCUCCCACCCCAGCUGCCCCAACAAUUGCAACGGCAAUGGACGCUGCGUUAAUGGCAAAUGCAUCUGCAGCAAACCCUACGUUGGUGAAGACUGCAGUCAGCGGCUGUGCCCUAAGAACUGCAGUGGCAAUGGGAUCUGCAACAAUGGUGUGUGCCAGUGCUAUGAGGAGUUCAUGGGAGAUGACUGCAGUGAGAAGAGAUGCCCCAACGACUGCAGCGGCAAUGGUUUCUGUGACAGUGGCGAGUGCUAUUGCCACGACGGUUUCAUUGGGCUUGACUGCUCCCAGGUCAUUGCUCCUCAGAAUGUGCAGCUGCUGAAGACCACGGAAGAUUCUUUGACCUUCAGCUGGGAUCAGGUGCCCGAUGUGGAUUAUUAUCUCCUUAGCUAUUAUCCAAUAGGGCACGAGGCCUCUGCAGUACAAGUCCGAGUGCCAAAAGGACAGCUCAGCUAUGAGAUCCUGGGCCUUCGCCCUAGCACAAAGUAUCAGAUCACACUUCGCUAUGUGAAGAAGGGGAUUUCCAGUAACCCAGAACACCUACAAGCAAGGACAGCCCUAUCUGCAAUUAGCGCUGCCUGGGUGACAGAGGAGAUGGAGGACUCGCUGGAAGUGGAGUGGGAGAACCCCCCAACAGAGCCAGACUAUUUUAAACUGAGGUUCAGCUCACCGCAAGGGCAGGAGAAGGAGGUGGUGGUGCCUAAAAGCAGUGACCCCAAGAGCAGAUACAUCAUCAGCGGCCUGAAGCCUGGCACAGAGUAUAAGAUCAUUAUCAUAUCUGUGAAGGAUGAGAUUGAAGGAAAACCAUCUAUAGUGAAUGGCCGCACUGGAAUAGACAGCCCAACUAACCUGGAGACCGACCAAGUGACAGAGGACACAGCUACCAUCUCCUGGAACAGGGUCCAGGCUCCCAUUGACAGAUACAUGGUGAGCUACACCUCAGCUGAUGGGGACACCAGAGAGAUAGCUGUAGGGAAAGACCAGAAUACCACUACCCUGAUGGGUCUGAAGCCAGGCAUGGAGUACGUGACCUACAUCUGGGCUGAGAAGGAAGGCCUGCAGAGCAAGAGAGCCAACACUAAAGCUGAGACAGAAAUUGACAGCCCAACAAACCUGGUGACGGACCGAGUGACAGAGGACACAGCUACCAUCUCCUGGAAUGAAGUGCAGGCUCCCAUAGACAGAUACAUGGUGAGCUACACCUCAGUUGAUGGGGACACCAGAGAGAGAGCCGUGUGGAAAGACCAGAGCACCAUCACCCUGACAGGUCUGAAGCCAGGCAUGGAGUACCUCAUCUACAUCUGGGCUGAGAAGGGAGGCCAGCAGAGCAAGACGGCAAACACUAAAGCUGUGACAGAAAUUGACAGCCCAACUAACCUGGUGACCAAUCAAGUGACAGAGGACACAGCCACCAUCUCCUGGAACAGAGUCCAGGCUCCCAUAGACAGAUACAUGGUGAGCUACACCUCAGCUGAUGAGGACACCAGAGAGAUAGACGUGGGGAAAGACCAGAGCACCACCAGCCUGACGGGUCUGAAGCCAGGCAUGGAGUACAACAUCUACAUCUGGGCUGAGAAGGGAGGCCAGCAGAGCAAGAGGACAAACACGAAGGCAGUGACAGACAUUGACAGCCCAAUUAACCUGGUGACCGACCGAGUGACAGAGGACACAGCCACCAUCUCCUGGAACAGAGUCCAGGCUCCCAUAGACAGAUACAUGGUGAGCUACACCUCAGCUGAUGGGGACACCAGCGAGAUAGCUGUGGGGAAAGACCAGAGCACCACCACUCUAACGGAUCUGAUGGCAGGCAUGGAGUACAUCAUCUACAUCUGGGCUGAGAAGGGAGGCCAGCAGAGCAAGAGAGCAAACACGAAAGCUGUGACAGAAAUUGACCCUCCCAAGAACCUCCGUGUAUCAGAUGUGACACAGUCCAGUGGCGUAGUUACCUGGACACCACCUGCUGCACAGAUCAGUGGCUACACUCUGACCUACCAGGCUCCAGAUGGCACCAGCAAGGAAGUGCAACUGGGUCCUAAUGAGCAAAGGUUCAUACUGGAAGGCCUGGGACAAGGAGUGAGGUACACAGUCUACAUGGUGGCCUUUAAGGGUGACCGCCGGAGCAGAAAGGCAGCCAACACCUUCUUGACAGUUGCCUUCCUCUACCCAUAUCCUGCUGACUGCAGCCAGACCCAGCAAAAUGGGAAUGCCACCAGUGGCAUGUACAUGAUCUACUUGAAUGGUGAUGCUGGCAGGCCCAUGCAGGUGUACUGCGACAUGACCACCGACGGAGGUGGAUGGAUAGUGUUUCAGAGGCGGAACACAGGGCAGCUGGAUUUCUACAAGCGCUGGAGGAAUUAUGUCGAAGGCUUUGGAGAUCCCCUGGGGGAAUUUUGGCUUGGUCUUGACAAGCUGCACAACCUCACUAGCAGUACUCCCAUCCAAUAUGAGAUCCGGGUGGAUUUGCAAACCUCCAAUGACUCUGCCUAUGCUGUUUAUGACUUCUUCCAGGUGGCUUCAAGCAAGGAUAAGUACAGGCUCUCUGUGGGGAAUUACCAAGGCACUGCCGGGGAUGCGCUGACUUACCACAAUGGCUGGAAAUUCACCACCUGGGACAGGGACAACGAUGUGGCUCUGAGCAAUUGUGCAAGGUCGCACCAUGGCGCCUGGUGGUACAAGAACUGUCACUUAGCUAACCUCAAUGGCAAAUAUGGAGAAAACAAGCACAGUGAGGGGGUCAACUGGGCGCCAUGGAAAGGCCAUUUGUUCUCCAUCCCUUACACUGAAAUGAAGAUCCGUCCUCAAUCAUCCAGCAAUGAACCAAUCCUGGGGAGGAAAAAAAGGUCUCAGGCAGGGAAGAGGAAGACGACCCCCAGGGCCUAAAAUGGCCUCCAAGCAGGGCCGAGCCUGUCAAUUCCUGACAAUGGAAUUCCAUUAUUUUGUAACAAAGUGUAAGGACUUGAACAGCUUGUUCCAAUACUUAUGUAACCAAUGCCCAGCCUGCUUCAGCCCCUGCUCUGAGCUCUCUGGGUUCACAACCCAGCCUACUUUAAGCAUUUGGAGGCUAUUGACAAAAGUCACCAGCACAGAGUGGGAGGGGACUGAUGGGGAAUAUUAACAUUUACAGCUAUUCUGAUUGGCUGAACUCGACAAGGACCUGACUGGUCCAAUGCACACAGGUGACCUAUUUUCCCUGAUCAUUAUGAACCUUACAAGCAAGCUUUGAACUUAUGCUGCUGCUUCCCACAAUCCAAGUUGCUGACACCCCGUAUUUGCAAAUGCCCUUCACUACUAGAUAUUGCUACCAGCUACUACUGUAACUUCUCAGGCCUCAAGGGGGCAUUGUGAAGUUAAAAUGCAUCAUCUUGUCAAGUUAAAAUGCAUCAAGUUAAAAUGCACCCUCAUCUAUGUUGGAAAUAACCCCGUGCAUUGAUAAUUUUAAGAGUCUAGUUUACUUGCUUCUGGUUUUGCUCUGUGUUUUUCUUCUCCCAGUUUCCAGCUUUGAUGAUGAAAAGAGGCCAUUGCGCUUUGCUUUUAUUAAUAAUCAGCCCCUAGUUACUUUCUCUUUCAGAUCCUCAUGCUCUAGCACAACGCCACAGUCCUUGGGUUGUCUACACUGUGGGGAAAGAUUUGGUUUUCAAACACUGCUUCUUUUGGAAUUUUAAAAACAACAUGGGAACAUUUCACCUAGUUUUAAGUUUUUGUAUAAGCUUCUUUUUAUAAAAACCUACAUUUCCCAUCUAAAUUAAACCUAACAGCGUCACUAUAAAGCCACUCGUUAUGAGGCCCCUGAGUUCAGGUUUAUCCUGAGGACUGGAAUGAGGAAUAUGUACCAAUAGGGGAUUUGUUGUCAGAUGGCAUCAACAUCAGAAUAGCCGAGAGCACCUGAGUUCUCUGAAUAGGAUUCUUUUGGUGACCUCGGACAACUCAUUUAAUCCCUCUGCCUCAGUGUUCUGAUCUGCAAGAUGGGGAGAAUAAUAGUCACCAACCUACCUCAGAGGGGUGUUUUGCGUGUUACUUAGUUAAUGCUGGCAAAGCGCUUUGAAGAUAAUUAAGUACUAAAUAUUAUUUUGAGUCCAACAGCUAAUUCUUCACAGGAGAGAAAUCUCUUCACUCAUCCCUCUCUCUCCUUGGUCCAUGCAGUACCUGUCUCCUCUUCCUUCACCUCUCAGUGCUGGAUGCAGAACGUUCUCUACUCUUAAAGGUACAGUCCCACCAGGACAGGUGUUGAGCAUCAUGAUAUGCUUUCUGUUAAACUGCUGGUAAAGUUAAUCAACCCUGGUUUAAACUCUGUUGUCUUGGGUCCUCUAAUUCCAGCUCCAUGUCUCUUCAUGCUAAAAUCCUUCUGUAUAAUUUAAUUGUAACCUUUGGAAAGCUGUGUCUUCCAGCCAAAACAAAUGCCUAGGAGGGAGUACAGUAUAUUCAUGUUCACAAACUCCUAGGCAGGCUUCAUAAAGAGGUGGAGGGGCAGAAAAAAGUGGUUGUACUAAGCUCUGUCUGCUCAUGAUGCCAAAAUAAGAUGCCACUCACAGGUGACUGUGAAGAAUUUUCACAGUAUGAGGGUUGUCUUCACAUACAGCACUAGUGCAGCUGCGCUGCUGUAGCACUUAAGUGAAGACACUCCUGUACUGACAGGAGAG